GAUCUGGGAAGAAAAAGAGCUUCAAAGGACACCAUUACCGGGAACAGUCAUUUGUAUAAAGUCCCUGUCUUUGGUUAUUGUUUUAUGGGGCCUUCCAUUCCUAUUGAGCUUAUGGAUAAGUCAAGGUGACGGCCACAAAGCUUAAGAUAAAACUGCGAAAUCCUCGAUUGACAUUUCAAUGUGGGAAGAAGCUGAAAGACUGCAAAGUGGAGUAAAUUCCAGCCUUGCUGGUGAACAUCCACCAGUGGAAAACUCUUAACUCUUUUCGUCUGUUUGAGGCUUCAUGCACAAAUUAUGCCGCAUCAAGUACUACAGUAAACGAAUCAAGUUUUCUUGUUCGGUAUAAAUUUAGAAUGAUACCAAAUUUGCAGAAGUAAUGGAAAUAGACACGGAGAGCGAAAACCCCAAUAAUGGUUUUGAUUACUCAAACUCGGCUGCUUUGCAAUGGAGUCAAUGGCAGCUAUUAGAUUCCAUUCUCCCAACUGGUGGAUUUGCUCAUUCUCUUGGUCUUGAGGCAGCAAUCCAAACCCACUUAGUCUCAACUCCUCAACACCUCGAAACUUUUAUAAGUCACCUUUUGGACAACACCGGAAGCUUACUCCUUCCUUAUGUAUACUCUGCAGCCAUAUCACCUGAUGGGCAGACAUGGCACAAACUAGACAAAAUGCUGGAUGCUACACUAACCAAUCAAGUGGGCCGAAAGGCGUCCACUGCACAGGGCUCUGCACUUAUGAGAGUGGCUGCAUCUGUGUAUUCAGAGACUCAGCCUUGUCUUAAAAUCAUGAGAGACGCCUCUUUGUGCUCGGCUUCUGGGAAAGUACUAGUUUGUUUCCACCACGCUCCCAUCUUCGGCCUUGUUUGUGGGGUUCUCGGAAUGGACAGUACAACUGCUCAGAGAGCUUACAUGUAUACAACACUGAGAGAUGUGAUAUCUGCAGCAACAAGGCUCAACUUGGUUGGACCAUUGGCUGCUGCUGUGUUACAACAUCGAAUGGCCAAGGUUGCCGAAGCUUUGGUGCUUAAAUGGAUGAACCGUUCGGUUGAAGACUCAUGCCAAAUUGCUCCUCUUCUUGAUACUGUCCAGGGUUGCCAUCCCUACUUGUUUUCUAGACUAUUUUGUUCUUGAUUCAUGAACAAGACCCCAAUUAUGCUACAUAGCAAUUUUUCAACCCAUGUGUUUUCUUCUUCAUAAAGGUUAUUUUAAUUUGAUUGGUA